UUCAUUGGCCCCGCUGCACUGGGUCUGCAGGGCACUGCUUCCGCUCAGUUGCUGAAGCUCCUGCCUCGUGGGCUGCCGGGGGUAGGUGUCCUGGGGGCUUUGUCUGACUGGGCUGGCCUAGGACUGAAUGGGGGUUCCGGUAGUGCUGUUAGGGAUGCUGAGCUUCCUGGGAGUGGCUAUGGGAGGCCCAUCUGCCCUCCGCUGGGACAGCACCUCCUGCCACUUGGCCAGGCCCAUCCCCGGCAGCCCCUUGGGGACCCUGAGCUUUCUGAGCAAGGGUGCCCAAGGACUGGCCCUGUUCCACACCCGCUGGGACUGGCACGGGAGGCUGCAAGCAUGUAGCUGGCAAGACGAGCCAGAGCUCACCGCAGCCUUCAGUGCCCUCUGUGCUGGUGAGAUCACCCGGGGCUCCUUCAUCCACACCCCCGGCCCCGAGCUGCAGAGAGCCCUGGCCACCCUUUGGAGUCAGUGGAGGGCCUGCCGAGGGCCUGAAGGGGCUAGGGAGAAGGGAGCGGCAGAGACCAGGGAAGAGCAAGCAGGUGGAGCUCCUGGGAGCGUAAGACCUCAGCGGGUGAAGAGAGGCUGGACCAUGCCUGGCACGCUGUGGUGUGGAGUAGGGGAUUCUGCUGGAAACUCCUCAGAGCUGGGGGUCUUCCAUGGUCCUGAUCUCUGCUGCCGGGAGCAUGACCGCUGCCCACAGAACAUCUCGCCUUUCCAGUAUAGCUACGGCAUCCGAAACUACCGAUUCCACACCAUCUCCCAUUGUGACUGUGAUGCCAGGUUCCAGCAAUGCCUGCAGAACCAGCGGGACUCCAUCUCGGACAUCGUGGGCGUGGCCUUCUUCAAUGUGCUGGAGAUCCCCUGCUUUGUGCUUGAGGAGCAGGAGGCGUGUGUGGCGUGGUACUGGUGGGGAGGGUGUAGAACAUAUGGCUCCAUACCCCUUGCCCGCCUCCAGUCCAGGACCAUCUACAAUGCCUCCUGGAGCUCCCCCACCACUCCCGUGACUCCCAGACUCCAAAGCCCAGCCCUCAGCAAGCCUCGACAAAAGCAGCAUCCUCAGAAGCGGCCGCCACAGUGGAAAGGGUCUAAGCACACCCACAAAACCAACACCACAGCCCUCUGGGUCCCCAUGGCCUCUACCAAACCUGAUAUGUCCCCAACAGCCUGGCUGGAGGUCACCCAGCCAGGCCUCCAGUGGCCACAGAAUGGCCUAAAACCCUGGGAUGCCCGCCGGGCCUGCCGCAGCUUCCGCCACCUGGAUCAAUGCGAGCACCAGAUUGGGCCUCAGGAGACCAAGUUCCAGCUGCUCAAUAGCGCCCAUGAGCCCCUCUUCCACUGCAAUUGCACACGUCGUCUGGCACGCUUCCUGAGGCUCCACAGCCAACCCGAGGGCACCAACGUGCUUUGGGAGCUGCUAGGCAUGACCUGCUUCGAGCUUGCCCCUCCACUGGACUGUGCUGAGGGCAAAGGCUGUUUCGGAGACCCUAGGGCCAUUAAGGUAUCAGCCCGGCACUUGCGGCGACUUCAAAAGAGGCGACGCCAGCUCUGGGGUGUGGGCACAGGUGAGGGGCAGUUGCAGCCUUCGGAUCACCCAAGAGCCCCCAUGUCAUUCUAUGACCGCUGCCUGCAGCUGACCUUGCAGAGACCCAACAGGAGGGAGAAAUCCUAGAACCGGUGAUCUCAAUUCCAGCUCUCCUGGGCACCAGACGGGGCCCUGCCCCCUAGCUCUGCUGGGCCCCAGGGGUUCUUGGCUUCCUCUCCGUGUGUUAGACUGAAGCAUGGCUCAGGAUCCCGUGGACAGCCAGGAGGCAAGGGAAGGUGAGGCUGAAAUGCUGGACCACGUCUCCUGCUGUGCUGGAUGAUUUUGAGCUGGUGACCCAACCCCUCUGUGCUUGGCUGUGGUGUUCAGUAGGCACAUUCUGAUGCUCUGGGCUUGGACCUUGCCAGAUGGGAAUGAAGAAAGGGUAAUUUAUUACA